CUAAACUCUACAGUAUCUUUAAAACUACAUGCAAUAACAAUUUUUGACUUUUUUUUUCAUAGGAGGAUCUUCCUGCUGUGUAUAUCAUACAUAAACUCAUAUUCUGUCUAUAUUGUUAUCUUAGUUCCUGUCACCUGCUAAAGAGAUGUGCUCUGCAUGCCUGAUGCCAGUUUACCCAAUGGAGAAAAUGGUGGCAGAUAAACUAAUUCUACACAAUAACUGUUUCUGCUGCAAACACUGUAAUAAAAAGCUAAGCAUUCACAAUUACUCUGCUCUUUAUGGAGAGUUCUACUGCACAUAUCAUUACCAACAGUUGUUUAAGAAAAAGGGAAACUAUGAUGAGGGUUUUGGCCACAGACAACACAAAGACCACUGGCUUCCUAAAACAGAGGAACCUAAACCUACUAACAAGUUCAGCUCAGCACGUAACACAGAGCUUACAUGUGUUGAUGGUCCUCUAGGGUCAUCUACAGGUACUUCAUCUCCACAGCAAAGACACAGCGAUGCUCAAUUCAAAAGUCCUGACACCAGGAACAAGCUUACAAUUAGCUGGCCACCGGAAAAAAAGGGGACCAGACAAUACCCGGUUUCACAAGGUACUUCCUUAGCCUCAAGAAGGACAACAGAAUGGUCAAAUGGCGACCAUUCUUCUGCAAGAAGCUCCAGAAAUGCUCUUGAAAAGAAAAGGUUUAAUUCUGGGCUAGAUGAAAUGGACAAAUCAGUUCAGCUGUCACCUCGGGUUUAUGAGAAGACAAACACAUACUUACCUCCCUUCACAAUUAAAGGUGGGGUUAAAACACCACAUUCAGAGCUUGUUUAUGCACCUCAUCCAAGAGGUUCAAAAACAUUACAGAAGACUGCAGAUACAUCUGCCCAAUCUGGAACACAAAGCAAAGUUUCAAAAGGUGGGACAGCAACGAGUAAAAACUUGAAUUCUGUUACCUCAAGACCAGAUUCUGUGAGAGAACCCAGUUUGGCUGAAGAUAGGAGAGUUGAUAGCCCAACAAAAAUAAAAAAGUCUGUCCGGUUUGCUUCGAAUUCAAAUACAGAUGGUGAAAAUAACACCCAGAUCAGCAGUGAGGAAGCUGAAAGCUCUACUGAGGCCUUUGUUGAACCUGCAGUUGUCAAUGGUGAUGUAAUGACAGCAAAGAGAGAUAUGACAACUUUAAAAUCAGGAAAAGAAAUAGAGGAAUCAUCUGAGGAAAGUUUAAUUGAUACGAUGCACAAUUUAUACGGCAAUGAUUCCGUCAAACUUCCCAAAGCUUCAGACGGACAAAUGCAGGAUCCUUUUCUUCAGAAUUCAGGAAUAGGCCUACAGGAAAGCAUCUCGUCUGAGCAGAGCAAUUUAGGUGAUACAACAAAAGUACAUAAAGCAAAAAUGAGCAAGACGAAAACAAUCCCAAUUCCUGAAGAACUGCAGGUAAAUAACAUCACUGCAUGUGGUACAGAAUCAUUCAAACCAAAUAGUGAAUUGUGUGAUUUGGAGCAGGUUGCAGAGAUGAGUAAUGAGGGUGUUACUGAGACUAAUGCCAAUGUUAUAGCCUCCAAAAAUCAAGAAUCCACAGACAUAAUUAAAGAUGAAUCUAAAGACCCUGACAUGCUGAACAUGCCUCCAAAAUCUGAUGAUAAAAGAAACGCAAAGGUUAGUGACAAAAAGGCCACGGAUAAAGGGAAUAAAGGGUCUUGGUCUAAAGGUAAAAGCCCUCUUUCCAAACUCUUCACAUCUGGCCCAAAUAAGAAAGAGAACAAAAGUGAGCCAAAAAUGGAAAGCAAAAGACCUGAUAACAAACCUAGAAAUUUACUGAGCAGACUCUUUUCAGCCACUGAAACAGAGUCAGAAAUAAAGAAAACACCAGAAAUCAAAACAGAAUCUACAUGUGAGGAGGAGUCAGAGAAAAUCGUAGGGAAAGAAGAUGGAGUGAACACUGCACUGGUUACAUCUCUUCCUCUGACUGAGACCACCUCUCAAAAUACACCUCAAGAGAGCAUAAAACCAAGACAAAACUCAUUAAGCGAUGCUCCAGAAGAACUUAAUCCCACCGAGAGCUGUCAAAAUCCCAUCUUAUUGUCUAAUGGAAGCUCUGCAGAUGAGACGGUGCCAUCAAUAGACCUUGAUCUAACUGAACAACUCAAGUCUGCUUCUGGUGGUUUUGGGGAGAUCGAUAGCAAUGAGGCUCUUUUUUCCUCACAAGAAUACAUUAAUGUAGAUCUCACCUCUCCAGACUCUUUAAAACCAUCAGAUCUUGAGGAGAGCCUCGACUCCUUUUUGCCUCAGGAUGAAGACACAUCUGGUUUUCUCGAUACAUCUGAUGUGUUCACAUCUCAAGUUACAAGCACUAACACAGAUGUCAUGGCUUUUUCAGAUCCAAAUACACUUGAUUAUACAAACAGUGGCACAUUGGCAGACACUGAGAAUUUUGAAACACCAUCAAGUGAUAUAGGGAGCUCUUUUAUUCAAGGAAACCCAUUUGGAGAAAAUAUAGAAGGAGAAAUACAGGGAGAUUCAAUACUAAAUUUGAAUGAAGAUACUCUAGAUAUUUUUGGUUCAUCAGAUUCAAAAACUGAGGUAAACCCAACUCAACUGACUGAAAUCCAUAAAAAUGAAGCUAGUGUUUCCUCAGGACUGACUAAUGAUCCCUUUGGUAUGGAAAAUUUAUCAGUACAAGAAAUAGACAUCUUUGGAGGAGACAAUAUGCUCAUUGUCUCUGAUCAAACGUCCACAAAUAAUUUCUUUGAUAUUAUGACAAACAGCAAGUCUCAAAGUCAAAACCCUUUUGAGGGAAUUACAGAUGGUCAACUGGGACCAAAUGGAGUUUUUGACUUCAUAAGUUCUGAAGAUGACCCAUCAACACAGAAAAGGUCUGACCUCGACCAGGAAAUUCUAAUUCAAAGUGAGGUUAAUAAUGUUUUUGAAAGUAAAGGCAAUCCAUCAACCUCUAAUGUGCUUGAUCAAAACCUUCCCGGCCAAGAGCUAAUUGAGUCUCAAACGGAGGCUUUUGAUUUCUUCAGCUCUGAGCAAGAUCCCUCCAGAACAGCAUUUAGUCCCAUAAGUGCCGAUCCUUUUGCAAAUGACAUCUUUGCAAGUGCUAUUAACAACCCAAGCUCAAAUAUAUUCAGUGUGGAAACAACGCAAAGAACUGCAAACCCAUUUGACGAUUUCACUGGGUUAGAGGGUCACGGUGAGGCUGCAGAGACACAAGCAAGCAGCUUAUUUCCAGAUGACAUAUUCUCAUCUAUUCCUGCCAUUUCUUUAGAACCAGCACAGGACACUUCCACCCUGACAGAUCCGACAAAUGCUGACACAAAUGCUGUGCUGCCACAAAAGCUUGAAAAUGACUGGAUGUCUGACAUGUUGGGGUAGUGUCUUUGCCAUAAUUCAGAAAAAUAUAAAAAUCUUUCAAUUAAAUAAGCAGGUAUAUUGAUUUGCCUAUAUAAUAUUCUAUAUAAUUCACAGAUUUUAUUACUGACAUUUAAUUGAUUGAUCAAUGUAUAUUUAAGUUAAUGUAUCCAUGUAUAAUGUGGUAUUACUUUUUAUAUCUGAAUAAUGAAUCAAUGUAUACUGUAUAUUAAGUUAACAUAUCUAAUGUGGUGUUACUUUAAAAGUUUCUAGAUAGAAAAAAUGUUAAAGUACUUGACAAUUACUGCAUUGUGAUUCUACAAAAGAUGUUCAGUUAAAUCAGACUCAGAUUACUUUUACUAUAUUAAUCAACCUGUUUUUUUCUGACUAAUAGUUCUGUGACAGGGGAAGAAAUCAAAUUUAUUAGGCAAAGUUUACUCCAGUAAUCCCUGAUGUCAUCAUAUAAUCAAUAGAUUUUAAUGCACAAAAAGGAAAUAACUUUCAAGUUAAUGUUGAUCAUGAAACAAUGUAAUGAUAAUUGUGUUCAUCAAAGACUAACUGGUCAUAAUCAAUAAUAAAACAAUAAUUCACACAA